AUGAGCGGCUUACCCGAGCGAUGCAGACCCUCUCCUGCUGAGCUCGCAAAGGAGAUCCACGACACCCUGGACGCCUGUGCUCAACGCCUUUCGUCAGAAGGCGCUCGUGGUGCGUCUCAAGGGGAAAAGUCAGCUGGCAAUUACACUUGGGUCGGGUCUCCCAUACCCAAUCGCAACGGUUGGUCGAGUUUGCGAAGGCCGGUAACCUCCGCGUCCUCCUUCUACGAUGCCACCGGGGCCCACAACGACGCUCAUCGUACAUCCUGGGGCUCGCAUUGGGGGAGCGAGGACAAGACCGCCAACGCAGGUCAUGGGACUCAAGUCCCCGAUGAUGCUCAGCCUGGUACACCCUGGGGUUCGCACUGGGAUGACAAGGGCAAGGACAAGAUCGCCGGCGCGAAUACUGAAAUCAAGGUCCCGGAUGAUCUGACCCAGCUGAGUCCCGCCGAGGUGAAGCUUCACAGCCAGAACAAUCUGAACCCCUCUGAGGUCCCGGCGGCAGAUUCACCAUCCUCAGGAUCUCAGCCGGAGAUGCUGCCCGACACUGCGCGGGAGGAGUCGGACGCAGAGUCCGACUACGACAUGGUCGGACACAAUCCUGAAGAGGACGACGCGACGGACACAAUCGAGAUCUGCAACAGUCUAUUCAGUCGCUUUCUGCCGGAUGAAGAGAUCAAGCUGGGCGACACCAUUGCCACCCAGACGAUUGCCUUCAAGGACCUGAAAACUGAAGAGCACAAGGUCAAGCAUGCCCUGCUGAGCAAGACGGGCGGGCUCACGGGACGUCAGCUGGCGAGUCUCCUUGCAAAGAAGACCAAGGCCAACAAUCCGGCGUAUCACGAGGAUACGAUCACCUGGUUGCGGGGGUUUCCGGGGACUGGUUUCGAACAGUUGAUCCGAGUCACGGGGGUCGAGCCUGACUACAUCCCGACGUCGGUGGCCUCCGAGGCGAUGGGGACCAAAGGCGACGCAAACCCGGUGUAA